GCCAGAUCACUUGUGAAUGGCUUGAAAAAAAAUAAUUGGGGGAGGGCGUGGAGGGGGGGAAGCGGAAACUUUCCUAUAAAACUCAGCAAAAGUCCCUCCUCUCCACGUCAGGCCAAUGACACUGCUGCCCCCAAACUUUCCGCCAGCAGGAGCUAUAAGAACCUCCAAGUCUUCAACUUUCUCCCAAUCCCAGACACCUCGAAGGGGCUCCAAGGAGGGAUCGGGAGGGAUUUUUUUUUUUGGUUGGCCUUUUUAUUUUUUUCCUCUUGGAUCCUGAUGCCAUCCCCCCUCCCCCCAAAGUGAGGUCCUCCCUCCUUCCUUCCCUCCUCCUUCUCCUCGCAGGCCAGCGAAGCAGCCGAUCAAGGGGGAGCUGGCGGGUUAGGUGCCCCCCUCUUCUCCCUGCCCUCCCCCCCCUCCCGGCCCGCUUCUCGCGUCUCCCCCCAGAGAUGAUGCAGCAGGACGAGUCAAACUCGCCAGUCUCCCCCGCCGACGACAGCUUAAGCAACAGCGAAGAGGAGCCGGACCGUCAGCAGCUGCCCAACAACAAGAGAGGGGGGCGCAAGCGCCGCUCCAGCCGCCGCAGCGCCGGCGGCGCCGUCGGGGCCGCGGACGAGCCCUGCAGCCCGGCCCAAGGCAAGCGGGGCAAGAAGUGCGGGGCGGGCGGGGGCGGCGGGGGCGGCGGAAGCAGCAGCGGCGGCGGCAGCCCCCAGUCCUACGAGGAGCUGCAGACCCAGCGGGUCAUGGCCAACGUGCGGGAGCGGCAGCGCACGCAGUCGCUGAACGAAGCCUUCGCCGCCCUGCGGAAGAUCAUCCCCACGCUGCCCUCGGACAAGCUGAGCAAGAUCCAGACCCUCAAGCUGGCGGCCAGGUACAUCGACUUCCUCUACCAGGUCUUACAGAGCGACGAGCUGGACUCCAAGAUGGCAAGCUGCAGCUAUGUGGCCCACGAGCGGCUCAGCUACGCCUUCUCGGUGUGGAGAAUGGAGGGCGCCUGGUCCAUGUCCGCAUCCCACUAG